GAGGAGAAAGGGACGGGCCGGCCAAGCAUGGGAAGAACACCGAGCGGCGAGCUCAACUCCUCAGGGAAGGCGGCCGCGCCGGGGACAGGGAAAAAUCAAGUUUGUGUCUGAGAAUUAUACAGGUAACUACCCUAGGCCAUCUUCUGGCUAUGUCUGCCAUGUGGCUGCAGAUACCUACACAUUUUCUUACAAAAGAAGUCAUUUUCGUGCCUUCGAACUAAGUCAGAAUUACCUCUAUGAACUUUCAGGCAACGCUGUUAUUAAAUGACACAGAUAGACUUUUCCUUAUAUAAUUGUAGCUUUUCAAUACUGGGAACCUAAAAGAUGGCAACACCCACUUAUAAAAGCAUACUUGAACUCAAUAAAAAUGCUCUCAUCUCUCCAUGGAAAGGGCAAUUAAUUGUUCAGGGUUGUUUGCAGUGUGAUAUAACUCUUUGGUCUACUUAUGGCACAGUAAUUCCAGUACAACUACCACAGGAACUAGAUUUUAAGUAUGUAAUGAAAGUGUCUUCUCUGAAAGAAAGCCUCCCAGAAGCUGCCUUUAGAAGACAGAAUUACUUGGAGCAGAAAGUCUGUUGCCAGGAUUUAUGCUUUGAUUUAUAUGAAGUGGAACUGUCAAACAAACAAGGGGAAAACAUAGAUAAGCUAAUCGAGUACAUUAAAAAUAAGCAAUUGGCAAUCAUCAAAUGCUUAGAAGAUAGGGGAUUUUUCAUUUUACUUACAUCAUCAGCCUUAACACCAGAACCAGAUUUCGGAGAUGAGCAGAUGAGUCUACAUGGUUUACAUUUAUUCCAUUCACCUCAAUCAACAGGAGCAAAGGACUUGAAAGUUGAAGACGACAUCUCUCUGAAAGUGAUACCUAUUUUACCUGCCCUCGGUUGUGCACUUCUAGAAGCAAAGAAGUCACUUCCUGAAAAAGGAAUCCCUCCAAACAUCUUAGUGAAGCAUAGUUUCCGAGACCUGUAUAAGGUGGACAAAAGCCUUUCAUUGAUGGCUCCUCAAGAUACAAUGAAAGACACUGCAUUCACUGGGAAACUGUCCCAUGCUUUUGACUUGGCUCCCUCACUUGAAAAGUGCCCUUUAGAGUCUCUGACUCAGUUGAAGAGUUAUUUUUCAGACCCUAGUGGCUACACUCUGGAUCUGUCUACUGCUUUAGACUUGUUAGCAGAGCCUUCUCCGUUUCCUUGUAUUUCAGAUGGAAUUUGUGAUGCUGGGUUUUCUUUAGUUAUGACUCCAGAUCCUGAAUUUCUUGACUCAGAGAUGGAAAUAAGAAAAGAAACUGAAACAACAAAAAAAUGUGGGAAAACAUUGAGAGUAAAGAAGAGAGCUGUAACUCCAUUGACUCCAGCUUCAAAUCUGAGAGUUCAGCCAAAGAGAAAGGCCAGCACGUCGGCUGUUACACUACCAAGUAAACGAGUGAGCCUGGGCCGCCCCCUUUCCAAGAGAGCUACAGCCAGAGCAGACAGUGGACCAUGCAACCCGACUCUCAAGUUAGUUAAAGGGCAGUUUCCUCAGAAGAGAAAAAGAGGUGCAGAAGUGCUGACUGCACAGUUUGUACAGAAAACCAGACUGGACAGGAAAAAACGAGAAACUUCUGUACAGGACGCUCCAGUGGCUACAAAUGCUAAAAGAGCAAAGAAACAAGAGACAUCUCCAGGUAGAGUUGUUUCACGGCCUAAACCACCUGUGAAAAAGUCUCCACAAAAACGGAAGGUAAAUGUAACAAGAGGCCGUCGGAAUCCCAGAACCAAAAAGCAGCCCCAACCUGCCGAAGAAGACAUUGCUUUACAUCUUCAAUCAGAACUUUCAUCAAAUGGUCAAAAAGAUGGAAUUAACCUAAGUACAGCUCAACAAGAAAGUAUUGCAGUGAUUCCUAAAGGUUUUCCUGAAAAUUCGAUUAUCAACUGUGACUCCCAGGCAUUAAAUAUGUUAGCGGAUCUGGCAUUAAGCUCUGCUGCUUCUUCUGUACCAUCUUGUGAGGUUAGGAACCUUUCCUGCUUCUCUGAAUUGCCACAAAACAAUGUUUUAUUCUCUAAAGAAAAUUCAUUGCACGGUACCUCUGACCAUGAAUAUCAUAGGGGAGUUAAAAGUCAAAAAGGUGUACUACUACCUAAACCAUCCUCUGAUGAGAAGAUUAAUUCAGAGUCAGACUUAACUGUUAGCCAAGAAGAAAACUUGGUCCUUUGUGAUAAGCCUCUUGCUAUUGCUCAGCCUGCACCCCCUGAGGAAGCCCGAGAAUCCUCAGAUGCAAGUCAAAACUCUGUUGCUGUGGAACAUUCCUAUGCCUUGCUCCUUGCUGAGCAGUCAAAGAAACAUCUGUAUCAGAGAAAGUUACCAAGUCCUGCUUUUGCAAAGAAUGGGGCAAAAGGCCCCGAAGCUGGAACUCCUAUUGGAAAGGUCAUGCCAUUUCGGCAUCUGCAGAACACCUCCCCUCUACAAAAGCUUUCUGAAGAUUCAUUGACUAAGCGCAAAAGUCUAUUUGUAUCUUCCAUCCUCAAAGAUUUUUUUUGCUCUCAUACCGUUCUUAGUUGUGAUGGCUCCUUAAAGAUCACUUUCAAAUGUGAAGGAGAAUAUGCAUUCAGCUUAGAUAGCAGAUACACCAGCAACCCAUUGGAGAAAACUAUUGUGAGAGCAUUACAUGGACCCUGGAACACUGAUUUGCCUGAAAAUAUGGAAGAUGUGAAGCUUUUACUUCAUAUGUGGGUAGCUCUGUUCUACAGCAAACAGAACAAAGUCAUGGGGUCACCUCGAAAGGUGGUAGAACACAGAAACCCAGCAAAAUAUGUAUGCAUAAAUAGGUCUGUAGAAUCUUUUGACCAAAGUGACAUUGAGGAGUUUUCCAGUGUGGAAAGAUACACAGUAGACCCUCUGUUGGAGACUAAGGAAGCACAUGAAGGUCAUGCCACCAAUACGACCUUUCCUGGACCUAACUGCGUGCUUCCUUUCAUUAAUCCACCAACCACCAGAGACUUGGAACUCUGCGUACAGAAUGAACAGAAAGAAAUGUUUACAGGAGAGUGUCACCUGGAUACUUCAGGAAGCCAGAGUUGCAUCUAUUCUUGUAAUAAUGAGGUAACUGGAAAUAAAGCCAAACAAGAAUUAACAGAUAUACCUGAGACUUCUAAUGUUGUGCUUUCUGGUGUUGCAAGUGCCCAAAGUAAUGAAUCUUGUAUUCCCAGUGAAGAUAAAACCUUCCAGAGCACAAAGAUGGUUUCUUGUAAUGACUCUGUCACACAGGCCACCUUGACCACAGCUUAUGAUGGGGCCAGCAGUGAGUCAGUAAUGUGUCAGAAGUCUGUGUUCAGCACCCUUGAGAACAAAGUUGAUAUUUUUCAUCCAUCACUGCUGAUAAAAACAGGUGCUGUACAGGAUGUUACUCAGCAUAGCAGCGUCAUCAAUAACAAAUGUCUACCCUCUGUGGAAAGGAUGGAUGAUAAUGUGGAAUAUAUGAUGAUUAAUCUGGAGCCAGUUACUCUUGCUUUUGAAAAAACUGCCUAUGUACCAAUACAUAAAGAAGUAAAUACAGCUGACAAACCUACAGGCUUUAAUAACGAGCUGGUUAAACAAGUAUCCCCUGCCUUGAAUAUUCAGUAUCCUGUGUCUACAUUGGAAAAGGCACAAGCACAGUGCCCUAGGGACAUUCCUUCUCUUGCCAUUUCAGAAUAUAAAGAGAAUAAGUGCCUUUCUGCCUCCUCCCUAAAAAAGGAAACACCUGAAAGCCAGUGUCCAUUACAGAAAGAGAUUCCUCCAAUAUCAGCUGAUGAAGGAUUGAUAACAGAAGCACUGUCAUUAGUUAAAAGUUCUAGUUAUUCAUUAGCGAGUGACAAAACAAAAUGCCCACAGGAUGCCUUUCUACAGACUCAGAAUGACUUCAGCAUGUCUUUAGAUGAGGUUCUAGAACCAUCACAAGUUAAAGUAGUGUCAUUAUCAACCUCUGCUACCCUGGAAAACAAGCAGUCCCUUAACUGUAUUCCAGCAGUAAGUAAUAUAUCAGAUGGCUCUACAGAAGUAAGGAAUAAUGACAAGAGUAAUUUAAACCAAGAAAUGACUUUGCAGACAUUGAAUUCAGUAUUUCCCCAACAAACAGAUCUGUCUGUGAAUAAGGAAGAGGUUAGCAUGGAGUUGUCAGGGGAAGGUUCUGAUACCGACCUAACUCUUACGGUAUCAUUACCUACAAGCCCCAGGGAGGAAAUGGCAGCUUGUGAAAUUGAACAGUUACAGAGGGCCCCAGUAUCAAAUUUAGGACUACAAAAUAGAAAUGAAGAAAUGGUUGACUCAGAAGCACAUGUGAGCCUCAUAAAAAAUAAAGAAAUAAAUUUAGCUAGCUAUAUGUCAGUGUAUCCUGUGGAACCUAAAGAACCAUUAAAAGAGACACAAAGCAAUGAUUUAAAACCAGGUACAUUAAUACUUUCUAAAGAAAAUCAUGCCCCUAAGGUUGCAGAAGAAAUUAAAGUUUCCUCAGGCUUCCCCUUUGGGGGAAGAAUAGAAGAAGUAUCACCAGCUUCUAGUCCUGAUCCCAUAGUACAUACUGAAGAAACACAGCCAUCUCCAUGUUUAAAACUUAAUGAUACACAGUCUGAGAAAAGUAAUAAGUUCUACCAAAUUAAAUCAGGAGAUUUAACCAUACCAGAAAAAGAAAAUUAUUUUGUUGAUCCUAAGACUUCAAUAUCACAAGGACAAGUGCAGUUCUCAGCUGAAAUACCACAGGUACUAACUAAUGCAGGAAUAGAAGGCAGAGUAACUGUGCCUGGUGAGAUAACUGAGUUCAUUGUCCCAAGUGAGCACAAAGAAAAGGUGCAGUGCAAUGAUAAAGAAUUAAGCAAGCCUACCUCAUCACCUAAAUAUGAAGGUAACUUCAAGCCUCUUGAAAAACUGGUAAUAUCAGGAAACCCAUUGCAGGCAAUUUGUAUGGAGAACAGAAAUCUGGACACAAAACCUCUUGCCUUGGAGUCCAGUGUACCCUUAUGUGGUCCUAGAAAAGUUGAAAAUAAGUCUUUGGCAGAUACAUUGGUUUCUAUAACCACCGGAGGUGGAAUAGUGAAUGUGUCAUUAAAACAGACUAGCUCUAAAGACAAUAAGAAAAAUGUCUUUGACAGUGAUUUGAAAACAGAAGCUGAUAAUACUAUGCAGCCCGUGUCAGUGAACUCUGCCUCCGUUGACAAAACUGAUGUACAGACAUACAUGUACCCAGAAAUCUCAAAGUUUGUUUCUUCCUCUGACAGUGCUCAAUGCACCUAUUAUACAAAACCAGUAAGUGUAGAGCCACAGUUUCAAACACAGGAAAUACCAGUAGUUGAAGUGGCCGGCUUACUUCAGAAUACUGGAACUGAAUUACAUGAAGAAAGGAUGGAUCUCAGUGCUGUUGACCUUCAUCCUAACUCCACAUCUACAAAAGAUGAACAAAAAACAAUUCAUGUACUGCAAGACACAUCAAAAUGUGAAGAAAAAACGCCCUUGAAUGAUGGAGUUUUCUCCAAAAUUGCCCAUUCUUACCAAAAGACAACAGACAUCAGUAAAAGUGUCAAUGAAGCGCCUUUUGCUUCCUUUGUCCUAGAAUCCAUUGACUCAGUUUGUGGCAUCUACAGAGAACAUAUUGUCAGUGAAAACUCAAACGUGGGACAUAAAACCAAGGCAGAUUCUGAAACACUGAACAGGAAUACAGAGAUAAAUGGGAAUGCUUCCAUGUGCUAUGGAGCACUUUCUGGAGCCACUGAUCAAGAGUCUCUUGAUUGUAGAAACUGUAAAUUAGAUUUGGAGAAUUUGUGUACUUUGAGAGGUGCUCAUGCAAACCAAAAAGAUGCUGUAAAAGAUAGCAAUGACUCUUUCACAGGCUUAAACAACAGUGACAAUGACACUUGGGUCUACUCUAGCAAAAUUUUAGAGCUGGAGACACACAUUCCACCCAGAAGCUGGGAAAUGGAACCAUGCCCUAUCUCAACAAAUAAGUGUAUGCCUCACUACGUCCAGAUCCCAGAUUCCCAUGGUAUCCCCAGGACUUAUGCUAACUUUACUAUAACAAAAGAAUCCAAAGAUACCACAAGAACAUUGCAUAGCCUGAAGAGGCAUCGGAAUUUCACUGCAAACUGUGGCCUUCUUAGCUCCUGGAUUAGCACUUGGCAUGUGGCAGAUGACCUCACACAGAAUACUUUAGACAUGGAGUACUUGCGUUUUGAUCAUAAGCUAAAACAAGUAAGAAAGAAGGGGGAUUUUCGGCAAUCUUCUCCUUCCACCAACAUCUUCCCUAACGAGUCCCUUAUCCAAGUCUCAGUUGGAACAUGCCCUUCAUCACAAACAUCUGAUGCCUCACUUCUGCAUCUUCCACCUAAGAGCAGAAGCCCCAUUCUGGUGACAGUUGUACACUCAGACACCAGGCAGCAGAGUCAUUGCCAAAGAGGCCACUCACCCAGCAAUCUAGACAGUUCUCCUUUAUGGAAGGAGAAACGUAGUCAAAAUAGAAAUCUUAGAAAUUCUGAAAGAAAUCAGACUGUUCCAGUUCACCUAAAUAAACUGAAAUACAACAGCACUUUGAAAGAAGCUAGAAAUGAUAUUUCACUUAUUCUAAAUGAAUAUGCUGAAUUUAAUAAGGUCAUGAUGAAUAGCAACCAAAUAGUUUCCCAAGAUAAAAGGUUAAGUGUAGCUUCUGCAGAAGCUGUGUCCCAGGAGACUUGUCAGUCAAGACAGUCGGUAUCCUACAAAGAUGUGAUCACAGACUUGUGUGCCACUCUGCAUCUCAAACUAAAAGGAGUCAUGAGGGAGGCUUGUAAGAGUCCUUUCUGGUUCUACCUCGUUGAAACAGAAGAUAAGUCAUUCUUUUUAAGAACAAAGAGCAUUCUAAAGAAAGGAGGCCAUACAGAAAUUGAACUUCUGGAUUUCUGUCAAGCUUUUCACAGAGAGAGUGAGACACUAUUAGUUAUCAUCAAAAAUGAAGACAUAAUAUCACGUUUGCAUCAGAUCCCUUCUCUGCUGAAGCUAAAGCAUUUCCCCAGUGUCAUCUUUGCUGGAGUGGACAGCCCUGAAGACAUUCUGAAUGACACCUACCAAGAGCUGUUUCGCUCAGGCGGCUUUGUGGUAUCAGAUGAUGAUAUACUAGAAAAUUUGACAUUAGUUCAACUGAAGGAAAUUGUUAAAAUCCUGGAAAAUCUAAAUGAAAAUGGAAAAUGGAAGUGGUUGCUUCACUACAGAGAAAAUAAAAAGCUCAAGGAAGAUGUCAGGGUAGAUUCAAUUGCACAUAAAAAGAACUUAAUUCUAAAAUCAUACCAGAGUGUAAAUAUCAUUGAAUUGCUUCAUUAUCACAACUGUGACUCUCCAUCACCAACGAAAGCUGAAAUUUUGAAAUGCUUACUAAACCUGCAAAUUCAACAUAUCAAUGCCAGGUUUGCUGUCUUCCUAACAGACAAGCCCAAAGUGUCUACAGAAGUCUUUGAAAAUAAUGGAAUCCUUGUUGCAGAUGUAAACUACUUCACUGAAAAUAUACAAAAGAUAGCAGCUCCAUUUAGGAGUAGCUACUGGUGAUUGGAGUUGAGACUACACAUGGAAGAUAACAACAAUAAAUAAAUUAUUUUCCUGAGUCUGAAAAUCUUCAAAUACAUACAAACAAUCCUCAUCUGAAAAAUCCAUGUUUCAUUUUUCAUGCUUUGCUAGAAUGUCUCGUUUCAUCAUGAACCAUAGUUGCCAUUAGCUUUGAGUUACAAUGGUUGAAUACUGCUGUAAAUUAUUUUCACUCUAAACAUCAUGCCUUCAAAACUAUUGAGCUUGAUAUUAAAAUUGAGACCUUCACAUGUUUUACAUAGCUAAAGUAAAGUCUAUUUUAACAAACAGCUGUUUUUGCGUGUGGUCAGAGGCUUAUCAAGUGCAUGUUUCAGAUGUUUUACCACAUUGUAAAAAGUAUAGUCUGUAAUGGUUUUGUUUGCUGUUGCAUAAAAAACACUACAAAGAGAAAAGGCAUUUUUUUUUCAUAAACAACAAAUUUAUACACUUUUCCACUUACUGGGUUUUUUUUUUUAAUGCUGCACUACAAAAAUCAAUCUGAUGAAAUUAUUUAUGAUAUUAAAACUUUCUUAAGUCUUUAAAAUACACACAAGAGAAAAACCAUUUGUAUACUAUCUAUUUGGAACAAAGGCUUUUUAUACCUAGUUUCGGGUUGGGUUGGUUUGGUUUGGUUUUUUUUAAAUAAAGAUAAUUAAAAUGCA